AAUGAUAGUAGGAGCCACCAACCGAUGAUGGUUCUUGGUCUUGGCCUUUCCGUGGCAUCGCACUUCCCUCUCUUGAAGCCACCGCAACACCCGAACGAAUCCUCAAUUACAACGACGCACCCCGCAGCCGUUUCCAAACGCCACCAAAUCCCGCAGCCAGCGACCGGAUCGAGCGCCCCGUCCCCCGCGGCCCCGCCUCCUAGUUCCUAGGGUUUCCAACUUCCAGAAGUUUCCACGCAUGGCCACCGACGAGCUCGCCCCCGCCCCCGCCGCCGCCUCGGCCGCGGGCGACGAGUCUCAAGGGUUCUCGUUCAGCAUCUGGCCGCCGACGCAGCGCACGCGGGACGCGGUGGUGCGGCGCCUGGUGGACACCCUAGCGGGCGACACCAUUCUCUGCAAGCGCUACGGCUCCGUGCCGGCCGCCGACGCCGAGCCCGCGGCGCGCGCCAUCGAGGCCGAGGCCUUCGACGCCGCGGCAGCCACCGGCGGCCCUGCCGCCGCGUCCGUGGAGGAAGGGAUCGAGGCGCUGCAGUUCUACUCCAAGGAGGUGAGCCGCCGCCUCCUCGACUUCGUCAAGUCCCGCUCCGCCGCCGCCAAGGCCGAGCCGCCGCCGUCGGAGGAGGCCCCCGCCGACGCCGCUGAGGGCGAGGCCACUGAGCCGCACGCCGCGGCAUGAGCCUCCGGCAUCCAUUUCGUUUCCGUUUCAUUGAGAGUUGGUGCGAAGAGAAUUGGGAUAAGUUUCAUGUAGCUAUCUAUGUUGUAUGUUGUUCCUCUAUGCAUUGGUGUUUGGUUGCAAUUUUUCUGUGUUUCACCCUUUUGAGAAUGGGAAUAUGUUCCGUUUGUGACGAGAAUCAAGAUUUGACACAAGUUUGUUAGUAAGGUUUGCAAAUCAAUCAGCAUUAAGCUUUCUAGCAUCUAUACAAGCUUCUAGCAACGAUCUGAGGCUGAAUUGAUCCGAGGUAACAAUCAAAUUAAGAAUC